UGAGCAUUUUGACUAGCCGCGGUGUCAACCAGAGCUGAAUCUUUAACAGAGCACGCUGCUGGGUCUCUCUGCCUCAGCCCCCAGACACACACACACACACACACCAUACACACACACACACCGACCAAACACAUGGAGUACUGCCGCGCUGUGUUUCUCUGGAUCUGCUGCAGCCUGUUACCAGGGCUCCAUGAUGGUUUCAACAUCCACACCAAGAACCACAGGAUCAUCAAGGGCCCCAAGCAGGCCCAGUUUGGAUACACUGUGCAGCAGCACGUUGCCGGGGGACAAAAGUGGUUAUUGGUGGGAGCUCCAUAUGAAACCAAUGGUCACCACCAGACAGGGGAUGUGUACAAAUGCCCAUUGGGAAAACGGUCCAAUGGCAGCUGCUCCAAACUCAACCUAGGAAGGAUUUCUCUGACUAAUGUCGCCGAGCGAAAAGACAAGAUGAGGCUGGGGAUGACGCUGACAACCAACCCCAAAGACAACAGCUUUGUGGUCUGUGGACCCCUGUGGUCCUAUGAGUGUGGCAGCUCAUACUACAGCACUGGGAUAUGCUCUCGAGUCAACGCCAGCUUCAAAUUCUCCAAAACCAUAGCUCCAGCCUUCCAGAGGUGUGAGACCUACAUGGAUAUAGUGAUCGUUCUGGAUGGUUCCAACUCCAUCUACCCCUGGACGGAGGUGCAAGCCUUUCUUAUCAACAUUCUACAGAAGUUCUACAUUGGACCAGGCCAGAUACAGGUUGGAGUGGUGCAGUAUGGGGAGAAGGUGGUUCACGAGUUCCAUCUGAAUGACUACAAGUCGGUGGAGGAGGUGGUGAAGAGAGCAAGCAACAUCCAUCAGAGAGGCGGAGAGGAAACCAACACGGCACUCGGCAUCAACGUCGCUCGCUCAGAAGCAUUCAAACGAGGAGCCCGACGAGGCGCCAAGAAGGUGAUGAUCGUGAUCACUGACGGGGAAUCACAUGACAGCCCUGACCUUCAACAGGCCAUCGAGGACAGCGAGAAGGAUGGCAUCACCCGCUAUGCCAUCGCUGUGCUUGGCUACUACAACCGGCGUGGAAUCAACCCAGAGGCAUUCCUGAAUGAAAUCAAGUAUAUCGCUAGUGACCCCGAUGACAAGCACUUCUUCAAGGUGACUGAUGAGUCUGCCUUGAAGGACAUUGUGGACGCGCUUGGGGAUAGGAUCUUCAGUUUGGAAGGGACCAGUAAGAACGGGACAGCCUUCGGCCUCCAGAUGUCUCAGGCUGGCUUCUCUUCACACUUCGUGGAGGAUGGGAUCCUGGUGGGGGCACCGGGGGCCUACGACUGGAAUGGAGCCGUCCUGAAGGAGACCCGACAGGGGAAGGUGGUUCCACCCAAGUCCUCCUACUCACAGGAAUUCCCAGAGGAGCUGAAGAACCACGGCGCCUACCUAGGUUACACAGUAACAUCGGUGGUGUCGGCCAGGAACGGUCGACUGUACGUGGCAGGGGCACCGCGGUUCAACCAUACUGGCAAGGUCAUCAUCUUCACCCUGAAGAACACUGGUAACCUCACCAUCCUGCACUCCCUCAAAGGACAACAGAUCGGGUCAUACUAUGGGAGUGAGAUCUCCCCGGUGGAUAUAGAUGGUGACGGAGUAACAGACAACCUACUGGUGGCAGCUCCCAUGUUCUUCAGUGGAGGCUGGGAGAAGGGCAAGGUGUACAUCUACAGAGUGACUGAACUGAAUCGUUUCGUCCUGGAGGGAGCGUUGGAGAUCCAGGACCAUGGUCAGAACGCUCGGUUCGGCUCCUCGCUGGCCCCGGUCCCUGACCUGAACGGGGACGGCUUCAACGACGUGGUGGUGGGGGCUCCGCUGGAGGAUGACCACAGAGGAGCUAUCUACGUCUUCUUCAGCCAACGCAACAGGAUUCUGCGGAAAUACAAACAGAGGAUAGCUGCGUUAGACAUCGCUAGUGGCCUGCGCUACUUUGGCCGUAGUAUCCAUGGCAGUAUGGACAUGAAUGAGGAUGGCCUGGUGGACUUGGCCGUGGGGUCCCUGGGGGCAGCCGUGCUCCUAUGGUCUCGCAGUGUCGUCCGAAUUCACGCCAACAUCAGGUUUGAACCCAGCAAGAUCAACGUCUUUGUGAAGGACUGUGAGAGGGGAGGCAAGGACGUGACCUGCAUGUCAGCCAUAGUGUGUCUAAACGUCACCGCCCGGACAGCCAUACCUCCUACACAGGAAGUGGCUAUCACUUACAACACCACCAUGGGGGAGCGCCGAUUCAACCCCAGAGCCAUAAUGGACGACCCUGAUAAACUGCUGUUUCAAAACCUGACCCUGCUUUCUGGAGAGGAGACCUGUCAACACAUCUACUUCCAUGUCGUGGAGACCACGGACUACGUGAGGCCCAUCGUGUUCACUGUGGCAGUGGCACUGCAGGAUCCCGACCAGGGCCCUGCGCUGGACGACACCUGGCCCACCACCUUCAGGACUGAGCUUCCCUUCUGGAAUGGCUGUGAUGAGGACGACCGCUGUAUACCAGGCCUGUCCUUACAGAGUACAACUGACCUGCUGUCUUGGAGGCAGUUCUGUGGGAAUGCAGUCCACUCCAGGGGUGCGAUGUGUCGACGUCUGUCCGAAGGAGGGGCGGAGGGGUCAGAGCGAGUGAUGGAGGGAUCGAGGAGGAGGAUGGUGGUGGACGUUCGUCUGGAGAACAGAGGAGAAAACGCCUAUGGAGCCCGCCUCAACAUCACCUACACUCCUAACCUACGAUUCUCUAGUCUCAUAGUCAAGGACAACUCUGAUAUCAAGAUAGAGUGUCGAAGUGAGGACAGACAAAGGCAUGAGAAGACCUGCAACGUCAGUGCUCCCUUCAUGAGAGCCAAGACGCAGGUAUCUUUCCGCCUGGAGUUUGAGUUCAGCCGAUCAGUGUUCCUGGACCACGUACGAGUCAUUCUAGAAGCCAGCAGUGACGGAGAGGAGGUUACCUUAGAAGACAAUUUCAACGACAUCUUUCACCCGCUGAAAUACGAGGCUGACCUCCUAUUUACAAGGGACUCCAACCCCUCUGGCUGUGAAAUCAAAGCAGACCUCUCCCUGGAGAUACCAGGAAAUAUUGGUCCUCCAUUCAACUUCACCUUCCAGAUUCAGAACCUGGGCUUCUUUCCCGUGAGGGACCUGCAGUUGAAUAUAGAAAUUCCAGAGAUGACCAAAAACGGGAACCAGCUGUUGCAGAUAUCGGACUUCCAUAUUGACAAAACAGACGGUACCCGCUGCAUACCCCCUCAACAUGUGGCACAGAGCAGGGCGUCCCCAGAAGACCUCUCUCGAGUCUCACGCCUGAACCAGUCCAAUACUCUGCCUCUGCCGGUCCAAUGCACUGUCAACCUGAACCCCUACAAGGAAGUCAGCGUCAGAAUCAGGGGGGCAUUGCGGUUGGACGCCUUGCAUGCUCUGAGGUUCAAAGUCCUGGAACUGGUGACGAGUGCAACAGUAGAACUUCCACCUUCAAGCCCCAUGUUUCUUCAUGAAGAAAGGCCUGUCAGACAUAUAAUCCUGGAGAUUAGGAAAGAAGGGGAUUACAGAAUCUCAAUCUGGAUUAUCAUUGGGAGCACACUGGGAGGGUUGUUACUGCUGUCCCUGCUCAGCCUAGCUCUAUGGAAGCUUGGCUUCUUCCAGAGGCAGAAGAGGAGAGAAGAGGAUGAGCAGGAGACCAAUGGAAAGGUGGCAGAGGAGCGGUAACUAACGCAGGCGAGGGACCAGCCAUCACACACACACACAGGGGAACCAACACUCAGGGACUGUCCCAUCCCCCCCGACACCACAGCGGUACAGUCCAGAAGGCUCUGCAAGAUGAGACCGUCAGAUCAAGACCUGCUCAGUGCACUGGAUGACCAACUGUACCUGUAUGACCCAUGAGACAUUAGCACUACCAACCAUAAUGCCCUGCCCUCCACUGUAAUGCUGAGACUACUGGACCCUCCUCGGUGCCUGGUUACCCAUACCCACCUCUGACCUCUACCUUUUAGCUAGACACGCUUCCCCAUGGUUACCCACCUCUGACCUCUACCCUUUAGCUAGACACGCUUCCCCAUGGUUACCCACCUCUGACAUCUACCCUUUAGCUAGACACCCUUCCCCAUGGUUACCCACCUCUAACCUCCACCCACACUGCCCCUGGUUACCCACCUCUAACCUCUAACCUGUAUCUAGACACCCUUCCCCCUGGUUACCCACCUCUAACCUCCACCCACACUGCCCCUGGUUACCCACCUCUAACCUCUACCCUGUAUCUAGACACCCUUCCCCCUGGUUAUCCACCUCUAACCUCCACCCACACUGCCCCUGGUUACCCACCUCUAACCUCUACCCUGUAUCUAGACACCCUUCCCCAUGGUUACCCACCUCUAACCUCUACCCUGUAUCUAGGCAAUGGCACCCUUCCUCCUGACCACAUUGAAGAGCGAUGUAGACAUAUUUUGGUUGAUGAGUCCAUUCCUAUUGGUGUAAUAAUGACUAACUUGGAAAAGGCUGCAGUUAUAGUCAGACAAUGAUUCUGAGGCAAGCAGCUUACAUUUGAUUCACCUUGGUAGGCUUUGUUUUGAGAUAACUGUACACUGUACAAGAAGAAACCUCAAGGUGCUGUGCCAACUGCAGGCGGCAAUAUUGGCUUACUAUGGCCGACUGCGCUGACAUGUACAGUACAUACUUCUGGAGAGAAACACAAAGACGAAGAAGUUGGCGGCAUGUGCCAGUAGAUGUGACUCUACCCAAGUGACUUUUAGAGAAUGGUAUUGUGAACUGAAAAUCUCCAAGACACCAGGACAACAAUUGUCCACAUUCAAGAACCUCUCUGGUGCUUUUGUUUCCAGAGAACUUUGUUUCCAGAGAACAGUUUUUUUUGUAAGUCCCAAGAAAAUAACUUCUGUUUUGGAGAUCCCACGUUCCUUCCCCUCUCCUCUCAUACUAGUCCUACCGUAUCUCCAUUGGAGGAGAAUACAUGGAAUAAAUUCAUCAUUUUGAUGCACUUUUACUUUGUAGAAAUACAAACUUGAAUUUUGUAAAUAGUCAAGUAUCUUUUUAUACAUAACCAAGUCUAAUAUUGUGAUUUUCCAGUUUUCCCCACAAGGAUUGUGGCAUUAUCCUGUUCCUCUACAGACAUGGCAAAUGAGUUUAGCCCACGAGACAAAUACAAAUGGGUUUUCUGACAUGCUUUGCACCACAACAAAUAGCCUUUGAAGAAGGGAUAUGCAUAGAACUAUUCUCCAUGCACCUGUUCUGAGCUGUUGAAGAACGACUUAUUCAGCAUUUCAACAAAAUGGCGGGCUAUCAUGUAAUGUUACAUGAUCUAAUGAGGAUCGGACCAUUGGUGUUUAGUGCUUCUAUGUGCAAAUGAAUCAUUUUCAAAUGUUUUUUUUGUCAAGGAAAUCCCUUUUGUUUAUUCAUGAAUGUCAGUGUCCAACCCAUGUGGAUGAGGUAUAAAUCAACUCUAAUACAUCUAGAAUCAAACAUG